AUGCUACAAACCAAGCUAAUUACCGAUCUAAUCGUACUGCACAAGAACGUGACGACGGAAAUGAACGUGAAAGAAUUCGGAUAUCACAAACGCGUGAAGCGCGAGCGCGACAUACAACUAAUAAUCGCGAAAAUACAAGGGCAAAUAUAUCACAGAGCAGGUUCACUGUUACCAGUGUCAGAUAGCGACAACAAAUUCCUGCAAAUUUAUUUUAUGGGCAAUUCACCACAAGAAAUUGAUCUGCGUUGUGCACAUAACAAUUUAGUAAAGAGGUCUAUUGUAGAACAAUUACAAACUUUAUUUCAUCAACACAAUCAAUUGAUUAUAUUGUUUAAAACUGCCCUGGAUCUGAUGCCAUCCGAUAAUCACAAAAUUGUAAUCAGAGCUGAUAAAACACCUGCAGGUCAACAUACAAGACGUUUUAAUGCACCAACUAUUGAUGAAGUUGCUAUCGUUGUAGUUGGAAAAAACUUGGAAUCCCGUGAUAUUGUUUUACAUCGUCGGAAUGAUCAAUUACAACGUAUAAAGGAAACACACCGCUCAUAUGAUGCACUGCAAUAUCCCAUUAUAUUUUGGCAAGGUGAAGAUGGCUACGAUUUCUCAAUAAAAAUGAUAAAUCCCAUUACAGGUUCUGAAACCAACAAAAAAGUCAGUUCAAUGAACUAUUAUUCAUACCGCCUAAUGAUUCGGGAAAAUGAAGAUAAUCACAUAUUGAAAUGUCGGCGAUUAUAUCACAAAUAUGUUGUUGACAUGUAUGUUAAAAUUGAAACGGAGAGAUUAACAUUCAUCAGGUUGAAUCAAACCAAACUCCGAUCUGAAGAGUAUAUUCACCUUCGAGAUGCGAUUAAUACUGAUGGAAAUGCACAGAAUGUCGGUCGGAUGACUAUUCUUCCAGCAACAUACAUCGGAAGCCCUCGGCAUAUGCACGAAUAUGCUCAAGAUGCCAUGUCGUAUGUUCGACAUUAUGGUACAGCAGAUUUGUUCAUCACAUUUACAUGCAAUCCGCAAUGGAUAGAAAUCAAGCAGGAGUUAUUCCCUGGGCAAUCACCCAUUGAUCGUCAUGAUAUUACAGCCAGAGUCUUUAGACAAAAGUUGAAAUCUUUAAUGGAUUUCAUCGUAAAACAUAAUGUGUUUGGUGAGACACGCUGCUGGAUGUAUUCUGUGGAGUGGCAGAAACGAGGAUUGCCACAUGCACACAUUUUGAUUUGGUUGGUUGAAAAGAUAAGGCCAAAUGAAGUUGAUGCAGUGAUAUCAGCUGAAAUCCCUAAUGUACAAGUAGAUCCUGGAUUGCAUGAGGUAGUUAUCAAAAACAUGAUACAUGGUCCAUGUGGAACUCUUAAUCAAAAUUCACCGUGUAUGAUGGAUGGUAAGUGUUCAAAACGAUAUCCACGGACAUUAAUAUCGGAAACAAUUACUGGUAAUGACGGUUAUCCAUUGUAUCGUCGCAGAUCGACAGCAGACAAUGGAAAAUCAACAAUUGUCAAAUUAAAUCAACAAGAUAUUGAAAUAGAUAAUCGUUGGAUUGUUCCAUAUUCACCCAUUUUAUCAAAGACAUUCAAAGCACACAUCAACGUUGAAUCUUGCCAUUCAGUGAAAUCUAUUAAAUACAUUUGCAAAUAUGUAACCAAAGGGAGUGAUAUGGCUGUGAUUGGAAUUGGUGCAGAGAUUUCCAAUGAUGAAGUUACCCAAUACCAAAUGGGCCGCUAUGUCAGUAGUAAUGAAGCAGUUUGGCGAAUAUUUUCUUUUCCUAUUCAUGAGAGACACCCUUCUGUUGUUUACUUAGCUGUGCAUUUAGAAAAUGGACAAAGAGUGUAUUUUACAGCACAGAACGCAGUACAAAGAGCUGCUCAGCCACCAUCUACUACAUUAACCAGUUUUUUUGAAACAUGCCAAAACGAUGAUUUCGCAAAAACAUUGCUAUAUUCUGAAAUGCCAAAAUAUUAUACCUGGAAUCAAUCCUCAAGGAGAUUUAUACGACGGAAACAAGGAAAACCAGUUCUAGGAUAUACAGAUGUAUAUUCCACCGAUGCGAUUGGUCGGAUUUAUUCAGUACAUCCAAGCAAUGAUGAAUGUUUUUAUUUACGACUGCUAUUAGUCAAUGUACGUGGCCCAACAUCAUUCCAACAGUUACGAACUGUUGAUGGUGAAUUGUGUGGAUCCUACAGAGAAGCCUGUCAACGUUUGCAAUUGCUUGAAAAUGACGCUCAUUGGGAUCAAACUCUCAAUGAUGCUAUAAUAUCAUCACACGCUCAUCAAAUACGAACAUUGUUUUCUAUAAUCAUAUCUACAUGCUUCCCAUCAAACCCAAUUGAUUUGUGGAUCAAGUACAAAGAUUAUAUGUGUGAUGAUAUUUUGUAUCAAAUACGGAAUAGAAUGGGAAAUCCAAAUAUACAAAUCAGUGAAGAAAUUUACAAUGAAGCAUUGAUUUCAAUUGAGGACAUGUGCUUGAUAAUGUCAAACAAACUAUUAAUUCAAUUAGGCCUGACCGCGCCCAAUCGUCCAAUGCAUGACGCUUUUAACCAAGAGUUGCAUCGAGAAAAACUGUACGAUCUCAACGCUUUGAAAGAAUUAAUUCAAACAAAUCUUCCACUGUUAAAUGAACAACAGAAGUAUGUAUUUGAAACUCUUAUGAAAGUAACAAAUGAUGAAACUGGAGGGAUUUACUUCUUAGAUGCACCUGGUGGUACAGGAAAAACUUUUUGA